UAAAAAAAUAAUUAGAAUUCUCCCGAAUACAUGAAACUUCCAAGCCAAAAUACAUAGAUUUUGUAUUAAUCAAGGUGCGGGGUAUAAUAGUCACUCUACGCGCACAAUUGAAAGGAUGUGGAGCGGCCCAAGUAAUCUGCACCGCAAUCUAGCUUCGCUUACCAGAGAACGAAACCAACUGUGAGGAAAAGCAGAGCCUGACGGGGCUGACAAAGCCCAAAGGAACUUUAACCAGCUCCUGUCGACAACUGGGCGCCGGCGAGUCAGGGAUUCGAACAAUUGACAAAUCUCUGAUUCAUCAAUUAUUCGAGCCAUAUCUUUCUCUGUCACCAUAAUUCACGAUCAUAUUAACACAGUUGUUAUUCAAUCUCCACAUUCCCUCCUCCUCCUCCUCCCCGCUGCCUCAUUGCAGCGAUAUCCUGCUACAGCUUUUUUCGUUUUAUCCGAUUUUUUAGGGGAAGAAAUGGUGCUGGGUUCUUGGUCCUGCGUCCGUGUAUAAAGAACUAGAAAAUGGGAACGGGCUGGGAAUCUAAUGGAUGGAGCCGAGCUCGAGGAUUGGUAAUCAAGACACUGGUUUUGAUCGGCGGUGCGAUUCUGGUGAAGCGUCUCACCAAGUCUACUACCCGUUGGGACCAUGCUCGAAUUGUAGCUCAAUCACUCAGCGGCGAAAAGUUCUCCAGAGAACAAGCAUCCCGAGAUCCCGAUAAUUACUUCAACAUUAGAAUGCUUACUUGUCCGGCAGCGGAGAUGGUGGAUGGUUCCAAGGUUUUAUAUUUCGAACAGGCAUUCUGGAGAACUCCUCAAAAGCCCUUUCGGCAGAGGUUCUAUAUGGUGAAACCUUGUCCAAAGGAGUUGAAAUGCGAUGUUGAGGUGAGCUCAUCUGCCAUCAGAGACGCAGAGGAGUACAAAAAUUUCUGUGAUCGACCAAAGGAUCAGCGACCGCUGCCAGAAGAAGUUAUUGGUGACAUUGCAGAACAUCUGACAACAAUACAUCUUAAACGCUGUGACCGUGGAAAAUGCUGCUUGUAUGAAGGUUCUACUCCCCCCGGCGGAUUCCCAAAUUCAUGGAACGGAGCAAGCUACUGCACUUCAGAACUUGCAAUUUUAAAAAACAAUGAAAUACAUACCUGGGAUAGGGGCUAUGAUGAUGAUGGAAAUCAGGUUUGGGGAGUGAAGGAAGGACCUUAUGAGUUCAAGCCUGCACCAGCCUCUGGUUCUAAUGAUAUGUUUUCUCCUUUGAAUUUCCCCCCUCUACAACUGAUGGAGAAAAGAAUAGAGGGUUCUUUUGUGUUGCAAGAAUGAUUACUUAAUACAUAUAUAACCAUGUGUAAAGUUUCAAACUUUAAUUUGUUUUAUCAAAUUACAAUUUUCUCGGUUAAA